AGUUUCGUUAUUGGGCACCGCCAAGGUGGCUGUCCGGAUAUAUUGUGUCUGGAAAAGCAGUUUCAUUUGUAAAACAGGAGGCUACCAUCCUCCUGUAUAUUUUUUAGGAACGCGUUCCUGGAGUAAUGGCAAUGACUCUUCGAGGCGAUGAUAUAGCUGCUUGUUUUGUGGUGAUGGCCCUUUUGACAGUGACGAUUUAACCGCUGAAAUGAUGGUGACAACCGUCUUGAUAGUGAUGGUGGUGGCCGUGGGAGAAGUGAUGCCACAGUGGUGGAAAGGAUCGGAAAUAUCCCUUCACCAGUGGAAAAAAACGAGAGAUCAGAGGAAGGAGUCUCUCUCCCUAACACUGGCAGUCAAUGCAAGUAGUGUCCUUGUGUUCCUGGGAGGUGUUUCUGUGUACGGAAAGCAGGCCGAGGGGGAGGAAGGGGGAGUGCACGUGCUGGUGGUUCACGUACGAACAGGACACGUGAUGUUAGUACGUCACUUCCGUACACAUCAGCCUGGCAGCCAGCACACCCUCCGCGCCUGUCUAGCCUCCCUACAGCCAGGCCGGGCUCUCCUUCUGCUGGGUCAGCCAGAGUUCAUAACCUACCUGUGGCCUGAAGGAGGAGAGGUCCUGUCGCAGAUGGGGGCCACUCUGCUGCCUCGGGUGGCCGUAGGGGAGCCUUGGGCCAUGGUUACUCUCACUGGCCAAGCACAAGGUCUUAACCUGGGUUCCGGUAAGGUACUAGGGGAGACGGUGGCUACGAGGGAGCUGGGACGGCCCUCUAGAACGCUCCUGCUGCAGGUAGACCUUCCUAGAGCUCCGUCAGGAGAGUGGUGUGGGCGUGAGUGGGCGGCGGAGAUGUGGGCGCAGGCCGAGUUCUGUGAGCUAUAUGAAGGCUACGGCGGACUGUGUGAUUGUGGGCGGCCAUACAUCCCUACCAAGCGCCCUCCUCCACCCAGUAUUGAUAUGACGGAGGACAUCCCGGUAGUCAUCGUCACAGCCAACAAGCCCUACUAUCUGUACCGGUUAUUAAAGAACCUAAAACAAGUAGAGGGUUCAGGGCAAACUAAAAUAUUAGUAGCUAUCGAUGGCCCUCAUCAGGAAACUCUGCAACUGGCAAAUCUUUUCCAAGUGAGCACCGUCGUCCACACCCCCCAAGGACCUCCAGGGAAGAACACCAGGACUAAUGCCAACAUCGCCUACGCCCUCUACAGCGUGUUGGAGCGCUGGCCUCACGUUGACAAGGUCAUCCUACUUGAGGACGACCUCAUUCUCUCCCCGGACUUGCUCAGGUACUUCCACCAGGCAGCCCCGGCACUAACCAUCGACCCCACGCUAUAUCUAGUCAAUGCCUUCGGCCAGAAUUCCUAUCCAAACACUGCCAGCGACCCGUCAACAGUUCUUCGGGCAGAAAUGUAUCCACAGUAUGGCUGGAUGACCUGCAGGCGCUGGAUUGAAUACGUGCUGCCCCUAUGGGUUCCUUCCGGGGGUGGUGUAGACUGGGACUGGUGGGUGUACACGGAAGGUGUUCGUGGUGGAAUGGACGCCGUAGUACCCGAAGUAUCCAGGACGGCUCACGCUGGGUCUGCCGGGGUUCAUGUUACUGGCUGGGAGCAGCACCUUUUUUUCAGCAGCAGGCUCCUGAAUCGAGAUCCACACACCACCCUCAAAGGUAUCCACAGGUUGGUGGCCCAAAACUACUCUGAUUGGAUGGAGAAUGAGAUACGAAGCGCCACUAAGCUCAACUUCAACGACCACCCUUGCCACACCCAUAUCAUCCCCAACAACAUGACUGGACCCUUCGUGCUUUUCCUGGGUGUAGUCAGCCGUUCUGAUGAAUACAACAGCUUCUACAUCAUGCAAGCAUGUCUGGGAACAGAUGACCAGGAGGUGAAGGAGCUUUAUGAGGGUGUUAUCAGGCUUCGAGUUCAUCAGUAUUCCCACACGCUUGUCCAGCAUGCCCGCAACCUCAACCUCCGUGACUCCCACACUCUUUACCACACCGACCUGACCCCCAACUGGAGGACUGGAGCCCCAGAACAAUCAGCAGACAAGUGGAAAGUUUUAUACUUGGUUGGGUGUCCACUUUCUAAGUACUGCAAGUACUCAAUGGGUACCAGUGACUGGGUGGUGCCUGGGGAAGAACUGGUGGUAGAGGCGUCGAAGGUUGUGUACCGCCGGAGGAUGGCUGGGGUCCAUCAAGCCGCCAGGGUGAGGGUGGCAGCCAGUUCUUCUGAAGAGGAAUUCAACCUCAAUAAUGUUUUUGAGCAGAUGUAAGAAAAUCACAUCUGAUACUGCUUUGGCAUAGCUGGAGAAGUGAUCUACCUAGCAGAGCUGGUUGACAAGGUCUGAAAGUGGUUGAUAUGGUGAAGAAUAUGGUUGAAGAGGAGACCGUCCAAGGUGAGCAUUUGGUUGAUGCAGAUGAAGUAAUACUGUCGUCUCACUGAUAUCAAUUCUGGUGGCUGGCCUGAGUCACAUCUAAUGUAUCUGAAAUAAAGAGGAGACUCAGGAAGAUAGAAAAUGAAAGGCAAAAUUCAUUACAGUUAAUGCAUUCAACAUGAAAGUCAAGCAGGUGAAAUGCAUUUUAUAUCAUGCAUGGAUAUUGUUCCAGAAGUCUUAUGAAAUGGUAAAUCUGGCAUUGAAUGCCACAGUUUGCUGGACUGAUAAUUGGCAUUGCAGGUUAGGCUGCUUAGUGGCAUUACAGGCAAGACUACUUAGUGGUCCUGUAGGCUAAAAUAAUAAUUGACAUGAAUUUUAGGAUGUCCAAUAGAAUGGGAAUCUGGAGUGUUCGUGACAAUGAUAAUAACAAUGAAAGGGUUCAUCAUAGACGAGAAUGAGAGCUCCAUAAGAUAUAUAUAUGACUUAGUAUUUCCUAAGUACUGUACAAUGAUGUAUGUAUGGUACUAGACUUUGUGAAUUAUUCAAACCUAUAAUAUAAUAUU